AUGUCUCUUCUGCAAACAACAUUCAAAUCCGGAUGGAUCACCGACCUGGUUCUCCCCCCGGUCCCUGAGGGCAAAACUCCCAGCGACGUCCUCUACACCGGUUACCGUAUCGCGCUGGAAAUGUGCUCUGAUGCCAACCUGAUGGCCCGCCUCAACCCCCUCGUCCAGUCCGUCAAUACCAUCGGCCCAUCCCACGCCAAGGCCGUCGAUUAUCAGAGCCUUGCCGCGGAUUUCGGUGUGGACUUGUCUGCGCAAUACGCGACCGGGAGAUUCACACAGUACGAAAUCAUGGAUAAAUUGCCCUUGCUCUUCGGGUAUAGUACGGAACUGAGAUAUUAUUCUGCGAUACGUCCGACCAAGGAUGGAAUGGAAGCGCUCACAAAUCCGGGGAGUGGAGUGACUAUUUAUGGACGGUUCACCGUGCAAAUUGCCCAGGCGACGGGACCAGAAGGAGGCGCCGGAAUGGGUGGCAGCUAUGCUACUAACAUUACCGGCGCCGAGGGAAGCGGUGCGAAUGUGGAUGUUGAAAAUAACAUUGGGGGUGCGACGGGAACAGAGCGUGGUGUAGGAGUGAUCCAUUUCCUGGAAACCAACGAAUUGAAAUGCAAUGUGUUUCUGAGCUGGUAUAUUAAGGCGAGUACAGAUAAGAGUCAUCGGACCGCACAUGCGAAUUUCAAGGAGAGGUGGAUUGCCCGGAUGAAGGAAUUGGGGUAUCCGCCCGCUUGA